AUGGCUACCAUGAAUGCAACGGUGCAGUCGUCGAUGCCUUACAAAAACGAGCCAUCUGCACAAACAACCACUCCACGGAUCGGCCUUCCUGCUGCAUCCCGACCGGAUACCGAGUAUGUCAAGUAUCAUGCCAACCCGACGGCGUCAUUUCUCCCCUUCCCCUCGGGACAAAUGUUCGUGGGUGCCGAUUGCGCAGUGAAACCACCUUCACCCCCUGCGAGAACUCGAGUGGAUCCAGUUCUGCCGUGGGAUCACCAGCCCGCAAAACAGAACCCAUACGAAACUGCUUUGAUUCAUCAACCAACACCAACGUCGAUUCAACUAGCAGCCCGACAGGUCAUGCCGCGGGAUCUACCCGUGUUCACGGGAAGCCCGGAAGAGUGGCCAAUAUUCUACAGCAGCUACAAAAACUCGACGGAAGUUUGUGGCUACAGCGAUGCCGAAAAUCUCGCCCGGCUCCAGCGCUGCUUACGGGGAAACGCCCUCGAGGCUGUCAGAAGUCGUUUGCUGCUACCGAGCUCCGUUCCGUACAUCAUCGACACACUUCGAAUGCUUUUCGGACGGCCUGAAGCCCUGAUAAAUUCAUUGCUUAGGCGCGUGCGUUCCUGUCCUCCACCGAAAGCAGACAACCUUAAGUCCAUAGUUGACUAUGGGCUCGCUGUGCAAAACAUGAUUGAUCACAUGAUUAUCUCCGAACAAUUAAAUCAACUCAACAAUCCGAUGCUCCUCAAUGAACUUGUCGACAAACUGCCCACAAGUCUGAAACUGCAGUGGGGUGCCUACAAACAAUUACAAGCUGAUGUCAACCUGGCGACUUUCAAUCAUUUCGUUGCGAAUCUACAACCGGCCAACGACGUCGAUGACCCCGAAACCUACCCAGACGUCAAUUCAGGUCACCCAUCUAAAAUGUGUAUCUACUGCGAAGAGGAGGCUCACCAGAUAGCAUCGUGCCAAUUGUUCAAAAACCUGACUAUGGAUGCUCGCUGGAAAGUUGUGCGCCAAAGGAACCUCUGUCGAACCUGUUUGGUGCCUCAUCGUAAAUGGCCAUGUCGAUCGAAAAAGGAGUGUGGUAUUCAAGGUUGCCAAUCGCGUCACCACCAGCUUCUGCAUGGUCAGUACACACCACCAGCCGAAACAGUUCCACCCCAAGUUUCGAUUCCUAAUCCCAGUCGAGAAGGCCACCAGAACCAUCACGGCGGUAUGCCGUACACGUUGUUCCGAUACGUGCCGGUUAAGCUCUCCGGAAAUGGGAAAUCUGUAGAUAUUUUCGCAUUCCUAGACGAAGGAUCUAGCACAACAAUGCUCGAGACAGAAGUUGCCGAGCAACUCGGUAUUGAAGGGCCCUCCGCGUCAUUGUGGUUAUCCUGGACCGGUAAAAUUUCAAGAGAGGAAAAGGAUUCUAAAUGCAUCUGUGUAUCCAUCGCCGGGCAAAAGUCAACGAAACAGUACACUAUCGAGAAUGUACACACCGUAGACGAAUUGAACCUUCCACAGCAAUCGUUCAACUAUGAAGAGCUGUGCACUCGAUAUCCGCGCAUGAAAGGAUUGCCCCUGGAAAGCUAUUCGGCUAUUACUCCUCGAAUGAUAAUCGGCCUAGAACAUGUGCGGCUGCUUACGGCGCUGAAGACAAAAGAAGGCGGAGCACUCGGUCCAGUGGCUGUCAAAACAAGGCUGGGCUGGUGCGCGUUUGGAAAGGAAGCAGAAGGCGUGAAUCAAUCAGGGCAGAUACAUUACCAUAAUGCGACAGAUCCGGACAACAGCAACCAAUCACUUCACGACUUGAUGAGGACCUACUUUGCAGUCGAGGAGAGCACUGUCACCAAAGGACUGGACAGCGUAGACGACCAGCGUGCGCUUAACAUUCUACGACGUACCACUGUCAAAUUGGAUUCCAACUAUGAGGCAGGUCUGAUAUGGAAAGUAGAUGAUCCGACAUUCCCAGAUAGCCUGCCGAUGGCGAAGAGUAGGCUAAAAGGACUAGAAAGACGUCUUGCACGUGACCCAACGCUGGCGGCAAAAGUGCAGGAGCAGAUCGAGAGUUACCUUCGCAAGGGCUAUGCGCACAAAUUGACGUCAGAGGAACUAUCGUAUACGGACCCCCAUAGGGUAUGGUAUCUCCCCUUAGGAGUCGUCGUUAGCCCUACAAAACCCGGAAAAAUUCGCCUCAUCUGGGACGCCGCGGCGAAGGUGAAUGGCGUCAGCCUCAACGACCUCCUACUUAAGGGGCCGGACCUACUCGUCCCAUUGGUAGCGGUUAUUUUACGAUUCAGGGAGCGAAACAUUGCGAUCAGUGGAGAUAUAUCCGAAAUGUUCCACCAGAUCAGCAUUAGGAAACAGGACAGGAACUUUCAACGAUUUUUGUGGAGGAGCCCGAAUGGAGAAAUCGAGACCUACGUUAUGGACGUCGCCACCUUCGGCGCAUCCUGUUCGCCGUGUACCGCUCAGUUUAUUAAAAAUCAAAACGCAGAAGGAUUUUUGCGAACGUUCCCCAGAGCUGCAAGUGCUAUCACUAAGAGUCAUUAUGUCGAUGACUUCCUCGACAGCACGGACACAGUGGAGGAAGCUAUCCAGCUUGUGAACCAAGUAAAGGUCAUACACCGAGAGGCAGGAUUCGACAUCAGGAAGUUCAAGUCAAACGCUCCGGAAGUGCUCGUCGCGGCAGAUGAAGCGAACAUGUCUGCUGAGAAGUCCAUCAACUGCGAAAAGCACACAGUCUCCGAUCGGGUACUUGGACUCGUAUGGAACCCCACCGAAGAUGUUUUCUCGUUCGACGUGUCAAGCUUAAUUGUGGAAAGGAUUCUCAGUGGAGGAGUAAUCCCAACGAAACGCCAAGUUCUUCAAGUGGUGAUGAAACUAUUCGACCCACUCGGAUUUGUUUCCCACUUCACGGUCCAUGGUAAAAUUUUGAUGCAGGAGAUAUGGAGGACUGGAACCAACUGGGACGAACCUAUCGAUCAGAAUUUGCUUGACAUGUGGUACCGCUGGACCGAACUUUUGCCGUUACUUGGAGAGGUUAAAAUACCACGGUGCUACUUUGGAACACUGUCAUCGAAAUCUCUACAAAACCUCCAAGUGCACAUAUUCGUGGAUGCAAGCGAGCGUCGAAGACAAAAGUCGCCCCCCCUAAAACCGCUUUCCAUUCCGCGGCUGGAGCUGCAGGCAGCUAUGAUCGGGGCUCGGCUGAUGCAAACCAUAUGCUCGUCCCUCACACUACCAAUCAGCAAACGCGUUCUGUGGUCAGAUUCUACGACCGUAUUAGCAUGGCUUCGGUCGGAUAGCCGGCGAUACCACCAAUUCAUCGGAUUUCGUGUAGGCGAAAUAUUAUCUCUUACUGCCAUGGACGAAUGGAGAUACGUACCAUCUAACGAAAACGUAGCGGACGAAGCGACGAAGUGGGCGGCGGGACCGAACUUCGACCCCGACUCCCGCUGGUACACAGGCCCACAGUUCCUGGCAAAUCCCGAAAGUGAAUGGCCAACGAAAGAAGAACGAUCCAGCACGACUACUGAAGAACUGAGACCCGUAUAUUUGCACCGUCACCUGUUGAUGGAGAAACUGAUCGACGAGACCCGCUUCUCUAAUUGGAACCGGCUGGUAUGGGCUGCAAAACGGUGA